AGUACCUGGAGCUCUGUUGUCUGAUAGCUUGUUGUUGUUGUUUAUACUUUGCAUUUAAAUCUAGAUUAUUUAUUUCUGCAAUACUGGAUUUGUUUUAAGUUUGUUAACUUGUUGGUGUUUGUCCUGUUUGAAUUUAUUAUGUUUUCUAAACUGACAUCUCUCCCAUACCCCAUUUGAUAUUUUGAAUGUUUGUUGAAAGCUACUUUUGGGCACUGUUUGCUGUGGAAAGGUGGCAUGUAAACAAACUCAUUCAAUCAAGAACUCAUAUGUAUGAUGCCUCCCACAUAGGCUCUGCGUUUGUACUGAAUUGUUGAGCCUGCCUCAGGGCUGCAUUUGCCAGCUUUCCUUGGGUGCAGUGAUGGAACAAACACCCAACGGGCUAGCAUUUCCCAAAGUGUCCACGGACGCAGCAUUAACCCUUGCCGCAAAUGACUUUUGAAGUAUCAGAGGCCAAAGGACACUCUAGCCAAGAGGUGCGUCAGAUGGGCCGGCCUGCCUGCGUAGAUCUCCAGCAAUGACCACCAGGUAGCCUUUAAUGGUUUGAGUCCAUUUCCAACCUCAGAUCAAGUCUAGGUGCUUUUUUUCUGAAUGAAGCUUCUUCCUUCCAUGCUGUUCCCCCCGGGCACGGCACGUCCCCAGAAGGACAGGGUGGAGGCCAGAGGAGGCGUGGCCCUAACAAGGGAAUAUCUUCUUCGCAACAAGUGAGCAAACCUGUUCUCCUUGGCCAUGCAGCGCCGCUCAGAACAGGAAGGGGCUGUGUGAACACACAAGGUCCCAGCAAAGGCCAUCGGUGACUUGGAAGGAGACACGGGAACUACCAGAGAGUGGCCACAAGUCUCCAGAUUUUGCUUGCAACGAUGAAAGCAUUCCUGGCUGUCUGGCUGGCUUUGGUAGCAUCCCUGGAACUUGCUCUCUCUCUGCAGUGUUACACCUGCAAAGAGCCCACCGACCUUGGCAAGUGCGUGUCCAUCACCAAAUGCUCCAUGAAGACAACCGCGUGCAAGACGACGGUGCACUCAGUGGAUUCAGGAUACCCUUUUUUCGGAAACAUCACUGUGACCAAAUCCUGCUCUGAAAAGUGUGUGCCUUCUGAGCUGGAUGGAAUUGGAGACAGUCACCCAGACUACUGCUGUUUCACGGAUUUCUGCAACAUUGGUGCAGGGCAACAGGCCACUGCCACAAUCUCUGCCACAGGCUUUAUAGCUGCCAUUGCCUUUGGCCUCCUCUGGACCAGAUUAUAAGGCUUCAGGAAGAGGACGGAUUGGUUCUGGAGGGACAUCAUCCAGAAAAAGAGAACAUCUGUUGAGAUAAUCCAGAGCAUUAAAACUGCAGUAACUGCAAGGCAUGUCAGAUGUCUGUUUCUAGAAGUUUGUUGAUGUUCAUAUUUCAGAUGGACCUAAGCACAAGAAACCUUCCGGGAUAUAAUUGUAUGAAAGCCCUCCGCUGUGUGGCAACCUUUCAAGUACUUGAAGAGUACAAUCGUAUCUCCCCUCUGCACACACUUCACUGCACACUUCAUACUUCAUCCAGAAGAAUACAGUUCUUUUGUCCUGCAAAGUGUUCUGUCUAGCUCAAAAGUUUGCAAGCUCUUAACACAAAGAGAAGCUGCCCAAUAAAAUAUCUCAUGCUUGUUCCAGGCUGCUGUGCUUGCUGUUUUGGGGCGGAGCGAAGCACUCAGCAUCCUGAGAAUCUCAAAUUUCACAUUUCUAGCCCUUCUGGCUGUAGACGUGCAAGCCUGAA